ACUCUUCGUGGAUGGAGGCGCCGGCAGCAAAAGUCGUCGAUCGUCGCGAUUUGAGCAGAGAAGAGGGAGAGAACCUUGGAGGCUAAAACAGCCGCCGCCGAACCAUAACCGGCCAGUCCAACCCUGCGUCCUGACCGGUUCAGAUCACAAAGAUGAGAGCUUUUGCAGUCGCCCUGUUCAGCGGGCUGGUGGCCCUGGCUGCCGGCUAUGGUGGCGGAGCCCCAGAAGGCGCUUGCGGGGACAUGGUGCCCCAGCAUCACACCCCGCCCCAGACGAGCGAGUCGCCGUACACAAUCAGCGUCAACAAAAACUCCGUCAGACCGAAGGAAAAGGUUUAUGUGACCCUGAGUAGCAAACAGGGCGACACCUUCAAGGGCUUUUUCAUCCAGGCCCGAGUUGGCGACACCGCCGUAGGCAAGUUCGACGCCGCCGCCGGAGUCAAACUCGUCAAUUGCGGAAACGGAGUUGCUAGCGCAGCCACUCACGAAAACUCGAAGGAGAAGACCAAGGUCACCGUCGCCUGGGAGGCUCCCCCUGAGCUCUCCGAGACCGUCAUUUUCACCGUGACCACUGCCAAGGACGGAGGUACCUUCUGGGUUGCCCAGAAGGCUGCUCCUCUCAGGGUUCAGUGAUGAACUUCAAGCACCAUCUAAUUUAUAGCCAUUUCAUCAACCUCAACGAGAAGUUCUUUAAGCGUAUAUAAGCCUAAUCAAUGUACAUGAAAAUUGAAUUAUCCGUCAAUAAAUAUUAUUUCUUUCCUGUGAUUUA